AUGGGGAGACAGUAUUACAUAUUUGUGUUAUUGUUGUUGUGUACGUGGGCUUGCAGCGGCGACCGUGGGGACUACAUCGGCUGCUACAAGUUGAUGGUUGAAAAUGUCCUCAACACUCAUACUGGACAGUCUGUGGAUGUCUGCUUGUCGGCGUGUGAGCAAGUAUACUACAAAUACGCAAUCAUAGGUAAUGAAUCGACGUGUUUCUGUGGGAAUGAGCCGGGUAAAUUUCAACUACCACUUGAGUCUUGUCCUACUCGAUGUCCUAAAAAUGACACUCAGUUUUGUGGCGGGGAAAAUGCCGCUAGUGUGUACGAUACCGAGGUGUUCUCUCCUGGGCCUCCGGCAUCAAUCAAUAUUACUAACGUUACUGAAACUACGCUGAGGGUCCGCUGGACAGCCCCAGAUGCCUUCUCAUCCAUUUCUGGUUACAUUAUAAGAGCUAUAGUUGUUGAGACCUAUGCUGACUUUGCCCUUAUAGAUCUUGAAUGGAGAGUAUCUAAUAAAACCUUUUACACUGAACUAUUGAACUUGCAACCCGGCUCCAAGUAUCAAAUAGGAGUGGUGGCAGUCAAUGAUGGCUUUGAAGGCCCCAACAUCACAACCACAGUAGAAACUGUGAUUGGAACUCCAGAUCCCAGCCCGCCCGACAUAGAAAUCAUAGAAAGGAAAGGAGAUAGAAUGGUGGUACACAUCCCUGAAGCUAAGAAUGUAAAUGGCCCUGUGUCUAUGUAUAGGAUCAUAGUCUCAAUAGAGUUGUAUCAACAAGGAUUCAUUGUUGAAAACCUAGGCAAUUACACAUAUGCCAGUGACCAAGGGCUCCCUUACUACAUUACAGCAGAGCUGGACCCUGAUGAUAUUCAACAUGAUUUUAUCAUCGGAGACAGACACACAUACAAUGGAUUCUACAAUGCUCCUCUACCACUGACCAAUGAUAUAGAUGUGUCUUUAGGUGUUGUAAGUGAAAAAGAUUUUGUGAAAAGAAUUAGAUAUGCAGAAUCAACUAAAAAAAUUAUAUUAAAUAUCAAUGAACCAGAGGAAACUUCUCCAUUGGUAAUAGCACUUGGGGCUGCCAUUGCUAUCAGUGUGGUUCUACUUCUAAUCGGAGUAGGGCUGCUCAUAAUUUUGCGUAAGAGAAUACAGCUAGUAAGAUCUCAGAGAGGCUCCCAGUCAAUGCCAUUAAGUCUUAGUGAACCAUGCAUGGAGAUAGAGAAUUCAGGUUUUAUAGAAGAAGAACAUGAAAGAGUUGAUUAUUACAGCAACUUAAAAAGAAAACUGUGGAACAUACCCAGAAACCUUAUAGACAUUGAUAUUUCUUGCAUUGUUGGUGUUGGCAGCUAUGGCAAAUUUACCAGAGGAAAAGUGCAACAACAUGGGGCACAGACUCUUGGCCUAGUGCAAGUGGUAGCUGACAGGGAGCUGGAGAGACCAGACAAGAAACUAAUGCUGCAAGAACUGGACCAACUCAUCAAAUCCAGUGAACAUGAAAAUGUGAUCUCACUCAUAGGGUUCUGUGAAACUAACACAACAUUAUUUGUAGUUCUUGAAGAUAGCAAACAGAGUUUAAAAGAUUUGCUACUUCAGAGCAGACACAGGGACCUUCAAAACAACAAAUUCUGUCUGAUACUGGAGAACAGACUGCUUCAGUACUUUGUUGACAUUGCUCAAGGUAUGGAAUACUUGCAUAGUAAGAAAAUUCUACACAAACGCCUCAGUUGUCGUAACGUCGCGCUAAGUGAAAAUGGUGUCGCGAAAGUUUCCGGGUUUGGUUUAUCUCACAUGAGACCACUGCACGAGACACCAGAUUACACGCGCUGGACAUCUCACGAGAUGUUGCGACUGACUAGGUUUAACCCUAAGGCAGAUGUUUGGUCGUUUGGUAUCCUCAUGUGGGAAGCACUCACGAUAGGAGCAACUCCAUAUUUCCAUAGUGCUAAUAAAGACGUAGCAGCCCGAAUUCUUCGAGGCAUGCGGCCAUCGCAGCCGUCGUACGUAGGUGACGACCUGUUCCAGCUUUGCCUGCAGUGCUGGCAGGUGGAUCCUGACGAGAGGCCCACAUUCUCUGGCUUAGUGCACGAAUUAAAGCCAUUUGCCGAAGCUCCUGGUUGCAGGAGUCUGAGUUUUACUCAUUAUAAUGGUUUCAAUUACGAACCACAUGUAGCGCAGUACGAAAUUGUUUCAUAG